AUGGAAGAGAUUAAUUUAGGUACAACAUGCGAUAUGCAUGUCCACGUAAGGGACGGUGAAAUGUGUGAAUUGAUUACGCCAACAAUUAAAGAAGGUGGUAUUUCAGUUGCUUAUAUUAUGCCAAAUUUGCAACCUCCAGUGACUACAUUGGAUAGAGUUAUUGCUUAUAAGUCUGAAUUGGAGAAGAUUGCGCCAGAGACCACAUUUUUAAUGAGUUUUUAUUUAUCUAGUGAAUUGACUCCGGAAUUGAUUCACAAAGCUGCAUCAGUUGGAGCUAUUCAAGGCGUUAAGUGUUAUCCAGCUGGUGUCACCACUAAUUCAAGUUCGGGUGUUGACCCAAACGAUUUCACAGCUUUUUAUCCUAUCUUUAAAGCAAUGGAAGAGGAGGGUUUAGUUUUGAAUUUACACGGUGAAAAACCGUCAGUAACAAAUAACAGUUCAAAUCAAGAAGAUAUCCAUGUGUUGAACGCAGAAGAAUGCUUCUUACCGGCUUUGAAGAAAUUAAAUAACGAUUUCCCUAAUUUGAAGAUAGUUUUAGAGCAUUGUACUACAGAAGCUGCUGUUAACACGAUUAAAGAAAUCAAUAAAAACGUAACUGAUUCCAAAGAUGUCAAGGUUGCCGCUACCAUUACAGCUCAUCACUUGUUCUUAACAAUUGAUGACUGGGCAGGUAACCCAAUUAACUUUUGUAAGCCAGUAGCAAAAUUACCAAAGGACAAGAAGGCUUUAAUUGAAGCUGCUACCUCUGGCAAACCUUAUUUCUUUUUCGGUUCAGAUUCAGCACCUCAUCCUCUAUCCAAUAAAGCAAAACAUGUUGGCGUAUGUGCAGGUGUGUAUUCUCAAUUAUUCGCAGUACCUUACUUGGCAGAAAUCUUCGACGAAUAUCAAUCUUUACCAAAACUAAAAGGUUUCGUAUCAGAAUUUGGCUUUAACUUCUACGACGUUAAACCAGAAUCAUUAAAAUCUACUAAAGAAUUGAUACUAUACAGAAAGGAGCAAUCCAUCCCAGAAGUCAUCACCAAUGACAAAUCAAUCAUUGUAGCACCUUUCCAAGCAGGAUCAAAAUUAAACUGGUCUAUUAAGUGGUCAUCAUAA